UGGGGUCUGCAUCGGAGCGCCAGUUGCACUAUUGGUCGCACAAUUAUUCACGAUGGAUUCUAGAGAUAAACAUCCACCCACUUCGAGACAAAACAGGGGAUAUCCUGGCGUAGAUACGAUACGUAGAACAGCCACGCGUACAUCAUCUCCCCUAGAAGAACAUCCAGAUCGAACAGUAGCUUUAGGACCAGUAAUCUCUACACCCGAAACAGAAUCGAUAACACCAUCACCAGGCUGUAGAGAUACUCAACAACGCACAGUCGUCAUUCGUAACAUUAAUCAAAACACAUCAAAUCCAUUUAUAUCAACUCAACCAACACCAAUGGAAUUGGAUGAGGGGAUGUCGGUUGGGGACAGAGUCUUUUUCCGCCCCACGGACCCUUCAUCAGAUCAACGGCCAGUCAUAAAUCAACCUCGUGAUGCUAACAAGCAUCCUAAAACUUCUCUAUCUUCUAUAAUUCUCGGUGCUUCAAUAAUGACCAA